AGUUUUAGUUCGCUCGUGACCGUCUACGCUCGCAGUUCUCAACAUUCUGCUUGGGAAUAAAAAAUUCAAAUAAAUAUUGCCCAGUUUUAGUCUAGACUAACUGUUGCACGUGCCGCUAAUCAGCUCAGAUUUGUUUACAAUAAUUGCUUUCAAUUUUCCGUAACACAUUUCCGAUUAUUUGCAAUCAUGGGCUGCGCUACGGGCACCAUAAAAUACUCCUUGUUUCUCUUCAACGCAUUAUGGGCGAUACUUGGCAUAUUGGUCAUAGUAUUUGGCUGCCUUGGCUGGGGUGCCAUGCCACAGCAAUAUGCCAUCGGCAUAAUUGUGCUCGGCGGCAUUAUCUUGCUGAUAUCAAUGUUUGGCUGCUUUGGGGCCAUCAGGGAAUCGUCGCGCAUGCUCUGGACCUAUGUUUCCCUGUUGUUAGUGCUGCUCGUGCUGAUCGGCGUCUUCAUCUUCUUCAAUACGCGCGAUGUAUUCAAGAAGUAUGCCAUUAAGACGGUUGAGGACCAUUGGCAGCAGGAGUUGACUAGGCCGGGCAGCAUGGAUCUGAUACAAAAGACAUACUCAUGCUGUGGACGCUAUGGAGCUGCUGAUUAUAUUCCCAUCGGUCGUAGAAAUAAUACAGUGCCGUCUAGUUGUUGUAAGUUCAACAAUUGCCUGAAUCCAUUGAACGUCUAUCCAGAUGGCUGUCUGGCCAAAGUGGAGCUCGCCUUCGCCGAUGAGGCGACCACAUCGCGAUACUGUGAAUGGGGCCUGCUGGGCUUCGAUCUGGUGAUACUCGGAUUGGCCAUCAUUCUUGCCAUACACUAUUCGAAUCGCAGACGCCGCUAUAACUACUAAUCGUGCCUGAUUAGUUAUAGUAGUCAAACGAAUCGUACUCGUAGCACCUCAAGUAUAAGCGUCACCAAUGUACCUUCUUCAUCAGCUUUGCGCCAUGUGUUCACUUGCCAAGCAACCCAAUGAAUAAAAUAUUAACUAAACUCGAAUAAACAAA